AUUAAACAUUUAUGUAUGUAUUUUUCUUAUAAUUCGGUUUUAUAUCAUAACAUAACAGUAUUCCUAAAUGAACCUUGUAUAAAACAGGAUAACUUAAUAUUUCCAGCUCCUGUGCGACACAGUGCAGACCAUGGGAAAAGACUGUUCAUCAUCAAACCUUCUUCAUAUUAUGACAAGCGUUUUUUGAAAUUAUUGAGAUUCUACAUUUUGUUGACUGGGCUUCCAGUAGCAAUUGGCAUAACUCUGGUGAAUGUAUUUAUUGGUGAAGCUGAAUUAGCAGAAAUUCCAGAAGGCUAUAUCCCAGAACAUUGGGAAUAUUAUAAGCAUCCUAUAUCAAGAUGGAUUGCUCGUACUUUCUUUGACUGCCCUGAAAAGAAUUAUGAAAGAACAAUGGCUGUUCUUCAGAUUGAAUCUGAAAAGGCUGAAUUACGGUUAAAGGAGCUGGAAGUUCGAAGACUAAUGCGUGAGAGAGGCGAUGGGCCCUGGUAUCAAUAUCCAACUCCUGACAAGGCACUUAUUGAUCAUUCACCAAAAGCAACUCCUGACAACUAAUUGUUUAUUUGUUUAAAUAUAAAGUGUAUUCUCCCAAGUGGAAAACAAAUUAGUAAAUACAGUCUGUAUUUUUGCUCUGUAAUGAAUAAAAGAGCUUCUUUUCAUUGCUCUUUUUCUCAGUGUUGGUUCAAAUGAAGGCUUUUGAUUUGGGGUUUAAAAAACUUGGAGAACUAAGAAUUUGUGAAUUUCUGAAGUUGUGUUAACUUUGAAAGAUAUGUUUUAUUUAUCUGGCAAAGGGAAGUCACAGAAGUCUCAUUUAAGGAUCAGAAACAUAGUCAUUUACUGUAUACAUGUCUGUGUUGUGGGCAUCUGGAUUGUUCAGGGCCUCUCAGGCUCUUAAGUUACCUGAAAAUGUUGAGCCACCUAUAUAGAACUUAGCCUCUUAAUAAAAAAAUUUUUGGUGAACAAAUCUUAAAGUUUA